AUGGUUUCAAAAAUUUUACCAGGUAUAUUAAAAAAAAUAUUAGGAUCAUAUAUUGAGGGUUUAGAUAAAUUAUCAAUACCAUUUUGGAAGGGUGAAAUUGUUUUAGAGAAUUUAAAAUUUAAAAAAGAGUUAUUUUCAUCCAACGAAAUUCCUUUUCAAUUAUUAAGUGGAGUUAUCAAGAGGGUAGUAAUUACAAUACCGUGGCUCCAUUUUUUAAAAGAUCCAAUAAUAGUAAACAUCGAUGGAGUAUUUCUAUUAUUUGGUCCUAAAGAUAUUAUUACAACUUUUGGUAGUUACAAGUCAAAAAAGAAAGCUGAAGGAAAAGACCCUAAUCAACCGGGCAAUGAAAGUGAAAUUAAAGAUGAUGCAUUCUUAAAACCAAAUAUAUCCAAAGAAGAUUUAAAGAAGAUUCAAAGUACAAUCGAUGAAGAGCAGCAAAAAGGAAUUACCGAGGGAAGUGAUGCCGAAUCCUUAAAGUUUAAACUAAUGAAAAAAUUAUUAAAAUGCAUAAAGAUUCAACUAAAUAAUUUACACAUAUGCUAUCAAGAUGAUAAAACAUCACCAGGAGAAAUAUUUUCUGUCGGUGUAACAUUAGAGUCAUUUACAUUUCAAAAUACCGAUUCUCAAUGGGUACCAUUAUUAAGCAAAAAUUAUUAUUUACAAAAUAACGAUAUCAAUUAUGAUAAUGAUAGCCAUCACAAUCCAUUCAUGUCAAAUCCGACUUCAACAUCAGGUACAGCAGGUGGUGCACCAUUAAAUCCUUCAGUAUCUUCAAUGAGUAGGUCAAGAUCAAACAGUAAUUUAUCUACUGCAUCUGGUAGAAGGAGAGAUAGCAUAGAUUUGUCAAGUGGUAUCGAAAGUGAAGGACUGCGUAGAAGUGUAUCUGGUAUACCUCCACUAAGUAUUAACAGUAGUAAUAUUAACAGCGAUACAAAUUCAAUAUCAUCUACAAAUACAAACACUGCAGAAUCAUCUUCAUCUCACACCAAUUAUACACAUAAUAAACAAAAACAGAAUCAAGACGAGCAACCAGGUCAAAUUGUCGACCAAAUAAUCACAUAUAAAUUGGCAUCUAUUUUCAACUUUUCCAUUUAUUGGGAUUCUCAAUUUGGUAAAACUAGAAUGGUGACACCAGAUGACAUGGAUGUACUUUUAAUGCACUCAAUACCUAGACAAAAGGCUAAAAUUAAACACAAGUAUAUAUUGCAACCAAUUUCAGGUUUUCUCAAGAUCUGCCUAACCGAAGAUUCAGUAGAAAGUGUUAAUAAAGAAGGUGUAUUCACAUCAAUUGUAAAUAGUUUUCAUAUUAGCAUUGGCUUAAAGCAAAUCGACUUUCAUUUAAUGGAUAUUCAAUACCGUGAUAUGUUAAAUCUCUUAUCAUUUUAUCAAGAUUGGCGUAGAGUACUCAGAUACCACAAGUUUAGACCCAAUGUACCUGUUAUAGGUAAUGCUAGAAGAUGGUGGCAUUUUGCAUUUAGAUCUAUUAUUUCCGAUUUUAGAAGCAAAAGAACUGAACUUUCUUGGAAAGAAAUUGAAGAUUCAAAGAAAAUACGUGAAUGUUAUAUUAAAUUAUAUACUGAAAAAUAUAUCAAAGGAAAAUUAAACAGAUUGGAUCAAAAUUUAAUUGAAGAAAUUGAAAAAAAAGUUACAUAUGAAGAUAUUAUUUUAUUUAGAACUAUUGCAGAAAGAGAUUUAAAAGUUUCAAAUAGAAAAGAUUUGGAUCAAUUUACAGAGUCAGCAGGUUGGUGGUUAGCAGGGUGGUUAGGAUUUCAACAUCAAAAUAAUAAAGAUAGUGAUAAAAUUACUUUAACCAACGAAGAAUUACAUUUCCUGGAGAGAUAUUUAAGAGUUAAUUUAAAAAAAUUAGCUGGUAAACCACAUUCAUCAAUUUCAAUAAAUUUCUUUGUAAAUAUCAAAACAUUAUCUGCCUGUAUAUUGGAUUGGAGAGAAAAUCAUACUGUAGUUCAAUUGGCCAAUGCCGAAAUCACUGAAGUAAAUUUACAAAUCGAACAAGCAUAUAAUCUUAAAAUGAAGUUUUCAGCUCAGUCACUAGAUAUCUAUGAUAGAUGUAGCCCAAAUACAAAGUUUGAAAAUAUUAUAUUAGAAAAGAGUAAAUUUAGAGGAUAUAGUGAUAAUACCGAUCUCGAUUUGGAAAAGAAGUUUAUAGAUAUUUCAUUAAUAUUAAAUCCGCCAGAAGAUACCACCGAUUAUUUUAUCAAUUUAAAAUUAGAGCCAUUUUAUCUAAUCAACUCCAAACCAUUUGUCGAUACAAUGAUUCCAUUCUUUACUCAUGCAAAUCAAGAGGCACUUGACCGUUUAAAGUAUUCAUUUAUAAAGAAAAUAAAGAUUCUCCAAGAAUACUUGAUUGGGGAAUUAAAACAUUUAAUUAGAAACCAAAAAGUUGCAGAUAUAAAGUUGGAUAUCUCUGUACCUGGAUUAGUUUUCCCAGAGUCUUAUGACCGUGAAGAUACUACAAUGUUGGUAUGCAAUUUAGGACAUUUAGUAUUCAAAACUCAACCUCACAAUAGCGAAUGGGACUCGAUGGAUUUCUCAGAGAUUAACGAACAAGAUGAAACCGAUGAAAUUUUUGUAAGAUAUUGUCAGCUUUUAAAGGAUCGUAUAAAAUGGUGGAAUGACAAUUGCCCAAUCAAUAAAAUAAAUGAACCAAUCGAAAAACAAAGCUAUGUUAAAAACUAUGUUCAACAACACCGUAAAGCAAUAGAGGGUGGUAUAGAAGAUAGCGCUAAAUACCCAGAAUCUGAUGACAUUGACGAGACCAAAGCCGAACAAGAGGGUUUCGAUUCUACUGACACUGAUUGGAAUAAAGUUUCAGUUAAUGUUAAUAAUGCACAAUUCUAUGAUGGUAUUAUUUUAACAAUCAAUGAAAUUUAUAUUAAAGUUUGCAAUUUUUCAGAGAUUAGCAAUUUCGAGUACUUGGUUUCUCCAUUCAACUUUAAUAUAUUUUUAGAGCUAUGUUCCAGACCAUACGACUUGAAGCUACCACAAAUUAAAUGCAAAGCAGAGUUAUCAACAGUUAAUAUUCAAGUUGAAGAUAAAGAGCUUUAUGAAAUCGCAAAGAUUGUUGGUAAAAACGGUAUUUUAGAAUACUUUAUGGACAUUGAUAGAAAAUCGUCAAAAGAGUUGGCUGAUAUGUACGAGGUAAUUCAAGUUAAAAAACCAAAAAAGAAAAGCUUUGAAAUCGAAUUUCAAUUAUUCUCAGAUACCAAGUCAAUUUUAAACUCAAGAAAACGUACCAAAGAAAGACUCAUUAGGACCACUUUGCUUAGAUUCUUCUUUUCGAGUAAUUCAAUCAAUUUGAAAUUAAAUUAUUUGGAUAGUUGCUGUUUAUCAAUGAACAUCGAGAACAUAAGAUGUCGAAGUUUAGUUAAAUUUAUGCAAAUGAAUAUAGAGUUUGAUAUUGCAUCCAUAGAAAUUAAAGAUUCAAAUUCUAUCACACCCGUAUUGGCUAUAUUUCCAUAUCAUAUCAAUACAAAAAGUUUAAAUAGAAGUGGUAUUCAAAAUUCAACAUCAUCAACAACAUCAUCAUCAAAUAAUAACAGAAACGAAUGUUUAAACAAAUAUCCAAUUUCAAUUUCAGCAAAAUCAAUAAGUAAGAAUUCAUUAGAUUACGAUUAUAUUGACUUUAUAUUAGAAUUAAAUACCCAAUUCAUUCGUGUUAAUUUCCCCAAAGAAUGUAUUAUGGCAUUGAUAGCAAUUAUUGGUACAGUCGCAACAAAUACCACAAAUUUCUAUGAAUCUAAACAAUCGAUACUCACUGUUGAAGGUUCAUUUUAUCAAGGUAGAAUAGGUCAGUUUGAUCAAACCCAACAACCUAAACCUCAAGCCCACAAGAAACACCACUUGUCAGAACGUUUAGAGACCAACGAAUUUGAUCCAAAUGAUUUAAAGUCAAAGAUUUCAAUAAACAUACCAUCCUUCGGUUUAACUCUCAGCUCCAUAGAAAAUGACUUGGUUUCGUUCCAUUUUGAAGAGAUUUCAAUUGAUGGUAUUUUUCAAUUGCCAUUGGUCGAUUGCCAAUUAAUUGUUAGAGAUAUGAAGUUUAUUGAUUACACUUCAUUGGAUGGACCUUACCCAAAUAUGUUAAUCACUCAAAAACCACACAGUAGCAACAAUCCGGGUAACCCAGUUGUAAAAAUGCAUUUAGUAAGCCAUGCUGACAUCAAAACUCAAGAAUGGGGCUAUAGCAGAUUGAUUAAUAUUCAAGUUGGUAAAAUUCAAAUCACCCUACUAUUUCAAACUAUCAAUUUGAUUAGAUUAUUUGUUUUUGAUAUUACUCAAGCAUUAAAAGAAUAUUGUCCAUUUUUAUUUAAAGUUAUGGCAAUUGUAGAAGAUGAUGUCAAAAAAGAAAAUAAAAAAGAGAAAGAAAAAGAAAAAGAAGAGGAAACCGGCCAAUAUAGACACAGAGAGCCAGGUGAAGAGUCCCCAAUUAUAGAAAUUGUAAAAAAGAAAAAGAAUUUAACCAAUUUAGAAAUUGAGAUUGAUAACAAUGUAGUUAUUCUACCAAAGAAUAAUAGAUCAAAGAGUGCAAUUCGUUGUAGUGUUGGUAAAGUUAUUUUGGGUUUGGACCAAACCGAUCCAACAGUUGACUCUGUCUUUGUAAAGAUAUAUGGUAUUAAUAUGGCAUCCAAGUAUGAGGAUCAUAUUGAUCCUAUUAUUUCUGACCCAGUUCGUAUGGAUAUUCAAUUCAUUCAUUCUUUUGAAACUUCAUUAAAAGAGAAAUCGGUAGAUGUUAUUAUACGUAUGGAGAAGAUCAAUCUCAAGUUGUCACAGUAUCAAUAUAAUUUGAUUUAUAAUAUCUACAAUCAAAAUAUUAACCAAUCAGUCGUGCCAGGUCCACCUCCAUCAUCCACUUACACUGUAGAAAGAUUGAACAAGCUCUUGGAUAUCCGUUUAGAAUUUAAAGAUUUUGUUGAAUUAAACUUAGAGGACGAGAAUACCAAUGAUACAAGAUUCUUUUCAAUGCUAAUCAAUAGGCCAAUUAUUAUGUGUCAGGUUUGGAAUAAUGGUGACUCUGAUUUUCUCAUCAAAACAACCCAUAUUAGUGUAAGAGAUAAAAACAAAUUAGUUGUAAUUCCUAAUGGUUUCCAAGAGAUGAUCAGUAUCACACCAUAUGAAUUAGAUGUACCAACUAAAAACAUUAUUAACCAAUCAAUUAACGAGGUAUUUUUUAAUAUUCUAUCAAUGAAUAUUGAUGGAAGCGGCACAAGAAUCAAUAUUACAAUCGAAUAUUUAAACAUUUUCUUUGACUUACCAUGGGUUUCAAAAUUAAUUACAUUUUUAUCACCAAUUAUGGAUCCAGAUUACAUCAAUUCUAUGGCAGCUACAUCUUCAAUCCAACCUCCACCACCACCACCAAAACAAGUAAAUAUUCAAGAGCCAUCUGAAACAACUUCAUUUAGUAGCGGUGAAUCAUCAAGUCAAUCACGUCGUAGGCAUUCAAUAUCUGCCGCUCAACAACAAGCUCAACAACAAGCACAGGCUCAGUUAAACAAGGACUGGAAAAUCUUUUUAAAUAUUGAAGUUGUUGCCAAGAAUGCAAAUAUCAUGAUGGGUGACCUUAAUAGCAAAAGUGAAUUGGUAUUGUUAAUGAAUUCAUCUCUCUCUAUAAACUCUCAAUUUGGUUCUGAAGGUUUAAUGAAAAUUGUAUUGGAAUACAACUGUAUUAAAGGUCUUAUUGGUUCAAGAUCAAAGAAUCCAUUAACUUCUGUUUCAAAUCCAUCCUUAUCAUUGCUUACCAGUAGUAACCGUGAUUUAGGUGCACAGAAGAAUACCACACAUUAUCUAUGGAGAGAUUUAAAGAAAUCAUCUAAAUUAUUUUUAGAAACAUUCAAAACAAAUGUUCAAAUUUGCAUGGUACCAGAGGGUAAUCAAUUUUAUUUCUGCGAGCUUAAUGACCUAACAUUAGUAUUCUCUGGUAAAUCUUACAGAUAUCUAUUGGAUAUCUACGAGUGUCUUUCAAACAUAAUUUAUAGCAGUUCAAAAUCUAAAGAUAUUACAAAUGAAAAUAUUGAAAUAAAAAAUUCAAGAUCUCAAUCAAUUUCAAGUGAUUUACCAAUACCAAUUAACAUUAGACAUUCAGGUUCAAGCUUAAAAACCAAUCAUAUUAAUACAAAUGAAAAAAAUAAAAAUCAAUUUUAUCAAAUCAAAACCAGAUCAGUUGAAAUGUUAAGAGCUCAUCAAAGUAGAAUAUCAGAAAAAUAUGAAAAUACAUUUUCGCCAAAACCAAUUAGAGAAUAUGAUUCAGAAAAUGAAUUUGAACAAUCAUCAGAUGAAGAAACAAAUUCAAGCUUAUCAACUGCUCCUUUAUCAGCACCUCAGUCUCGAAAUAAUAAACCACAAAGCAAUAAUUUAAAUAUCAAGAAUGAAAACCAAGGUAGCAGUGGUAAACAACGUAACGAAUAUGAAAACGAUAUAAAGAAAAAUAAUGGCACAAUAACCAAAAUCCAAUUCUCUCAAAUUGCAAUUAGCAUAAAGAAUUUAAAUAUCAUAAUUAUGGAUGACCUCAGUAAACAUAAAAUGAAUACUCCAAUUUUCAAUACAAAAUUAACUUAUGGUUUCUUGAAGGCAGUUUUAAAGACAACUAGAAUCGAAGUCGAAUUUGACUCUGUUAUUCAAAUGAACUAUUUUAACAAUCGUAUUGCAUAUUGGGAACCAUUCAUCGAGCCAUGGUUAUUUAAGUCAAUGAUGACUCUUGGUAAAGAAUUGUCCAUUGAUUUAUUUUCUACAGAUUUGCUUAAUAUCAAUUUUACAAUACCACUAAUGGAUAACAUCAGUCUAUUCCUUAGAACAUAUAGCAAAGAAUUUGGUUAUCCUUUCACUUUAAUUUGUGCUCCACAAGAUGACAAGAAAGCAUCUCAUAAAAACCCUCAUAAUAGACAUUCUCUAAUUGGUCAAAUUAAAAGAAUCAAAGAGAAGAACAAUACAAAGACCUCAUAUUCACCAUUCUUUGUACGAAAUAGAACCGGUUCAAGACUAAGAUAUCGUUUAGAAACUGAAGAUGGCAAACCAGUAAUGGGUGUUAAUUAUAAAACAGAAGGCCCAGUACGUGUUAUUAACAUUGAAAACUAUGGUCUUUUCUUUGAAUUGGACUCUGGUGAUUGUACACCAAUUAAAUUUUUACCAGAUGUUCAAAUUAAUUUAGAAACUUUUAGCCAAUUAGUAUUAGCUGUUGAAUUGUUAGGUGUAGAAAAAUCAAUAUCAAUUCCAUUAGAUAAAAUCAAAGUUUAUGAUUAUCAAGUGUACUUGGAUAGCACCACCGAAACCAAACUAUUUGCAAAUGUCGGUAUUAAACGUGGCACUAAAUUAAUUACCAUACAAUUCCCAAUAGUUCUCAAGAAUACAACAUCAUUCCCAAUUGAUAUUGCUACAGUUACCUCAGGAUUCGGUGACACUCAAAUGCCAAAUUACACUACUACAAUUCAAGUCGGUCAAGCGAGAGCACCGUUACCAAUCAAUAGAAUGAAAAAUGUAUUGAUCAAGUUUAAACCAUCAGGAGACCAAUAUAAAUGGAGUACCGAGACAUUGGAUAUUAACAACAUUAUCGAUGGCGAAGAUAAAUACAGCUGCAUAUUAAAGAACGGUGAAAAGAUUUACUAUAUCAAAGGUUUUGUUUUCCACAAGAAUGAAUGUGCAAUUAUCAAACUAUGCCACAUGUUGAAGGUAAAGAAUUUAUUACCAUACCCAAUUCAAUUCAAAUUAAGAACACCAAUAGAAAACAUCCCAUUACUAAAGAGAGAGUCCCAAGCAACUGUUCAAGAUCUUGAAAAAACUCAAGUAUAUGAAAUACCAUUAUUGGAUAAAUUCAAGAUUCAGGUUAGAAUAGCAAAUAAAGAUGGCUCAUUUGACAAUUGUGAAUGGAGUGAAGUAAAAUCAAUCGUUGAAAAAGAAGAUAAUCACCAAAUUAGUGUUAUAACCAUUUCAGAUAGUAAUAACCUCAAAGUAGACUUUCUUCAUUUAAAUAUCGAAUUUAUUUCUUACAAAGGUGAAAAAAAGAUUGUAUUUUACAAUCAAUAUUGGAUCUAUAACAAGUCUGCAUUAAAUAUAUUUUGUAAAAAGAGUUAUCAUUCAAAAGACUAUACAGAAAGCCAAACCAAUUUCAACCAUUUUAGUGAGCUCACCAAACCAAAUGAACCAAUAAUUGUACCUGCUGAAAACUGGUAUUCAUAUCAGUUGGAAAAAGAGUCACCAAUUCUAUACUCAUUCAAGCGUCUUAAAGAUAUGGAGAACAGUUUACGUAUUCGUGUUGGUAGCUCAAACUGGUCACAUAAAUUUUCUAUUGCUGCAAUUGGUGAUAGGGGUGACAUUGUUGUGUCAACUGUAGAGAAGAAACAAACUCGCCACUAUCACUUGGGUCUAUCAGUAGAUUUAGCACCAAAUUUAAAGACAAAAGUAGUUGUUUUUACACCAAGAUUUGUUUUUCAUAAUCUAUUUUCCCACACUAUAUUAAUCCAACAAUGUGGUCCAAAUACAGAAUCUACACUAAUUAGAAUUGCACCAUCUCAAUCAGUGCCAUUUUAUUAUUUUGUUGACAAUCGUGACAGUGAAAGUAAACAAAAAACACUUCGUUUCAAAUUAGAUUAUUCAGAAUUUGAUUGGUCCCCACCAUUUUCAAUCCAAACUUUCUCAGAUUUUACAUUCCAAGUUUACAACAACUCUGAAAAAGAACCAGAAAUCCAUUGCACACCAUACAUUAGAAUCAAAACUUGUUUAGAGGUAGCAACUGUGUUGGUAAUUAUAUCAGAGUUAAAAGAUUCACCAUAUCGUAUUAUGAAUAAUACAAACUAUCAGAUCAAUGUUUCACAAAAGAAAGUUGGAAAAUCAAUUUCAGUGGAACCACAUCACUCAUUGCCAUAUUGUUGGGAUUUACCAUUGGAAGAACAUGAAUUAGAGGUUACUGUCAAUGUAUCAGAUACUCAAACGGAAAAAGCUACAUACAAAGUCGAUAAAAUCAAAACAUUCAAGCCAAUGGAGUUUAAUGAUAACUCAAGACCUGAAGGAGCCAUUACCAUUAAAGCCACAGUAGAAGCAGACGAAUCCACAAGAGUUUUAACGCUAAAUGAUAAAAUAGGUUUACAAAUUAGCAAAUAUGAAGAGGAAAAUCUUAGACAAUCAUUUAGAAUCCAUUUAACUGGUAUUGGUAUUUCAAUUAUUAACUCAAAUCCAACAGAAUUACUUUAUGUUUCAAUUCAUGACGUUCUAUGCGAAUAUUUUAUCUCUAACUUCCUCCAAAAACUAGAAAUGAAACUAACAAAUAUUCAAGUUGAUAAUCAAUUGUCAAAGAUUACCCCGUAUUCCCACCCCGUUUUACUAUUUGCCGAAAAUCUCUUACCAAAUCAACCAUUUCUUCAAGUUAGAAUUGUAAGAUCAAUGAAGAUGAAAAACAUUGACUAUUACCACCAUGUUUCAUUAAAAAUGCAAGAAUUAAAUAUAAAGGUGGAAGAAAAAUUUUUAUAUGUUUUAUUAGAAUUUUUUAAUAGUUUAGAUUUUUCAUUUUGGACAGGUAACAAAAAAACUAAAAGUACACUUCAUAAUAUGGAUAUGUUAACACCAAUGUAUGCAGAUGAUAUAGGUGAAGGAUUUAUUGAUGAAAUGAUUUCAAGAGCUUUACCUUCAAUUUAUGGAAAGAAAAUGUAUUUUGAAUCGUUAGAUAUAGAACCAAUUUCAAUGUUUUUAACAUUUGAUUUAUCAAAUAAAUCUGGAUCGAUUACAUCUUUAGAGCAAGCACCAAUGGUAAGAGCAUUCAGAAGAAUCGGUUUUGUAAUUGUUAGUUUCCAACAUGCACAUAUAUUUUUAAAUGGUUUCUCAUUAUCGCACGCAUUUGGUUCAAAUGAAGAGUUAUUGGCUCCAAUUUUCAAUCAUUACUUUAGUGAAACUUUAUCCGAGGUUUAUAAAAUACUGGGCGCAUUCAAUUUGUUUGGUAACCCAGUAGGGCUAGUUAAAAACUUUGGAAUUGGUUUCAAGGAGUUCUUUGUCGGUAUGGGUAAAGGUGUAGUCGGUAAUAGCUUUGCCUCAAGCUUUAGCCAAGGUUCUAAAAGUUUAGCCAAACACUCUGUAUAUGGUUUAUUUGAUAGUGGUGCUAAAUUCACUAGUAGUGCUGGUAAAGCUCUUUCGACUAUGUCAAUGGAUCAAAGAUUCAUAUUAGAGAGACAAUACAUCAUUGGCGAGUCACCAAACAAUUUCAUGCAGGGUUUAAUUUUGGGUGGUAGAGCUGCCAAAACUGCUGUAUAUCGUGGUUUUUCUGGUUUUGUACGUCUUCCAUAUGAAGGUGGUAAAGAACAAGGUGCAAAAGGUGUAUUCAAAGGAAUUGGUAAAGGUACUGCUGGUUUAGUAUUAAAACCAGUUGCCGCUGGUUUCGAUUUCGUUAGUAAAGUAUCCGAAGGUAUCAAAAACUCCACGCAACUAAAUAUUGAACGAAAGAGAAUCAGAUUCCCAAGACCUCUAUUCAGCGAUUCGCCAUUAGAAACCUAUGACUCUGCAGAAUCUUAUGGUAAUUUCUUAUUUUUAACUUAUAUUAUCACAACUGGUAAACUCAGACGUAUUAGCGCAGAUCAAAUCAAUUUACCAUUAAUGGAAGUUGUUUCAAAAGAUGAAAAAUACAUUUCGCAUUUAAUUUAUAAAAAUAAGAGAACCCUGUUAUUUACAAAUAAACGUAUCAUUUAUUUCUAUGAUACAGAUGGCUUUAGAACUAAAUUUGAUGUCAAAUAUAAAAGAAUCGUUGGAAUCAUAGAGAAAUCAGACCACAUCGACAUUGAAAUCGACAAGAAACAUAAACUAUCAUUCCUUUAUAAAGAAAAGAACAAAAAAGUUGACUAUAGUAUCAAAUGCAAUGGUGAUGAAAGAAACUAUAUUUUCCAGCAAAUUGAAGAACAUUGUAAAAUUUAUAAACAAAGCGAUGGAAUCGUAUUCAGAAGUUUAGCUUCAAAACCACCUAUACCUCCACCACCACCACCACCACAAGCAUUAUUGGCAUAUAAUGAUCCAUAUCAACAAUUAGCAUACCAACAACCGGUUCAAUACUUUAAUAAAAAUACCAAUAAUAUCAAUAACGUUCAAUCCAGCAAAUCAAUUCAACCAAUUAUUUUUACAAAUAAUAACCAUGAUCCAAUGAAAUCAAACCCAAUUUUAGAAAAUUUAUUAGCUCAGGCUCCUAAUAAAAAUAUUGAUAUUCCAAUAUGGAUCUCCCAAGGAUAUAAUCCACCACAACCUCCAACUACAAUGAUCCCACCAAGAUUCAGAGAUCCAAAUUUAUAUAGUGCUCCAUACAACAGCGGAUAUGUUUAUUCAACCUUACCAUCAUCCCAAACAUUAUCACCAAAUGAUCAAUUAAUUAUCAAUCAAAAUGAACAAGAUAAUAUUUCAAUCCAACAACAACAUUUACAACAAAAACAGGAACAACUACAAAAGCAACAACAAAAUUUACAACAACAACAACAACUUUCAAUUGAAUACCCAUCACCAUCUACUUGCAACACUCCCCACCCACACCCACCAAUGUUAAAUUGUGAACCAUAUUAUAAUGACAAUUUUAGUAAUACAGGUGAUAUAGGGACAAAAGGAAAUAUAGGAACAGGUACAAAUCGUUUUAAGGAUACACCUUCAAAUCUCAAAAGUAAUUUUUCAAGAGCGGUUUCAUCUAGAGAUCUUUCUAGUGCACAGGUAAGCUCUAGUGUAAGAAAAUUAAAAACUCCACACCAUUAUACUGUAAGAUUUGAUCCAACCCAAAUUAAUCCUGAGGAUUAUAAUCUUCACAAUGUAAACACCAAACCACCUCCAACGACUCCAUCCGAACCUCCACAAUAUUUACACUCCCAAUACUCUCAUCCCCAUUUACACCCACAUCAAAUGCUUCAACAAACUCCAGGUACAAAUUAUGAUCAAAAAACCCCAUAUACCUCUACAACAACAACUACCACAACCUCAAUUGAAAGACCACCAUUACAACAACAAUUCUCUAGUAACUCAAUAAUUGAAACCCCAAAUUAUAGGAGACAAAGAUUAAAACAACAACAACAACAACAACAACAGGUUCAACAAUAUCAAACACCAAAUAACAUUUCUUUAACCCCUUCUGGAGAUUUUAACUAUAAUGAUAAAUUUGAUUUAGCAAUUAAUACAAUUAUACAAAUUCAAAAGAUUCAAUCCCAACAAAUGUGCCAACUUCAAAAGAAUCAAAAUGAAAUUUUACAAAAACUAUUAUUCCAACAACAACAAAAUACAGAAUUUGAUAAUUUAAAAAACCAACAGGAACAAAUUCAAAAUAUUAUUUCACAAUACCACCCACUAAGUCCCUCUAAAGCAAAUCUUCUAAAUAAAAUUCAAGAAAAUGAAAACCAAUCGACUGGUGGUGCUUCUGAUUAA